AUGGCGACAUCCCCAGUGGCUGGAGGCAAUGGGAGCACCUCCGACGACAACAUCCGUGAAAUCAUCCGUGCCUCGGCCAGCCACGACGCACGGGCACUGCAAAGGUGUAUCGAUCAAUAUUCCUUCCCAGACUGCAAGGUUGUCGAUGUGCAAGAUCCGACCACCGGCUUCUCGCCGCUACAUGCCGCGAUAUCCGCCUGUGCUACGCAAGUCAAUGGAGAUUCCACUCCUUCCUCGCACAAUGAAGAGAGCGGAACGCGGUUUCUCAAGUUCUUGCUCGAGAAUGGCGCGAUCUGGAACCAGCUAGACAAGAAUGAUGAGACCCCAGGAUGUAUUGCCUAUCGCCUGAGCCUGCAUGAGCUCUAUCAGAUCAUGGUUGAUGCAGGAGUCCGUGCCGAGAUGGUCCUCAACCGCCUGGAAGGAUACGAGAGACUGCAUGACGAUGAAGACGGUGAGGACAUCGAUGGGCCCGAAGAUUCGCAGCGUCAGGACAUUUCGGAAGCAAACACUUCACAGGAACAUGUCACUAGCUCUGUCUACCUCUCUUCAGCGCUAUCACUCGGCGACAAUAGCCUUCUGGAUGAACAACAAAACGGUGUCAUGAUGGCAUGGGAAAGCGAGAUUAUGCUUCAGUCUGCAAACGCUCUGCUAUCAGAGCCGGGAUUGAAGAUCUUAAACAUCGGCUUUGGCAUGGGCAUCAUCGAUACGCACAUCCAAAACCAUGCAAACAAACCCGCUAGUCAUCAUAUCGUGGAAGCUCAUCCGGACGUUCUCAGUAGCAUGGAGAGGAACGGCUGGAUGGACAAACUCAAUGUGGUCGUGCACAGAGGGAAAUGGCAGCACAUUCUUCCACAACUUAUUGCAGAAAACGAGACCUUCGACGCCAUCUACUUCGACACCUUCGCCGAGCCAUAUAGCGCCUUUCGCGAUUUCUUCUCGGAGCAGGUGAUCGGCCUCCUGAACCAGAACGGGCGGUGGUCUUUCUUCAACGGCAUGGGUGCCGAUAGGCAGAUCAGCUACGACGUAUAUCAGAAGGUCGUCGAGUUCGAUUUGUUUGAAUCCGACUUCGACGUGGAGUGGGAGACCCUUGAGCUCCCCAACCUGACCCGGGAAUGGGAAGGCGUCCGCCGAAAAUACUGGAACAUCGACCGCUAUCGACUCCCAAUCUGCAAAUUUAUGGAUUGA